AUGGCGCAGGUGGACUUCGCCGACGGACGAGCUCAUCGAGCGUACAUGUCGUGUGCAUUGGGAAUUCGAACCCUCCAGUCUGCGGGACUGAACAAGGAUCUCUUUUCCUCGUCUCUGGAUAGUUCCCACCUGGAAGAGCGGCGACGCAUAACGUGGGCCUACUUUAUGCUCGACCGCACCUAUAAUGCGUCUCGCAACUAUUCACUAUGCUUGGCGGAUAAGCAAUAUAGCCUUCCUUUCCCUUCGCCCGACCCGGAAGAGUCAAGUCCUGGUUCCACCUCGCAGAAUGAACUAAUCAAGGAAGGCGAAACGGUGGACAACAGCAUUACCUCCUGUCUGAUCCGACUGUUCGCACUCUGGGGUAAGGCCACCGAGUAUGUUUUUGAGCCUCCCGACGAAAAGGCACUUGCUCCGUGGCAAUCCGGCUCGGCCUUUGCCGUUCUUGAAUCUGAGUGGAUGCAAUUUGAGACCCAGUUUCCCAAUGCCCACCGUUACCUAAACGUUGAGUCCGAGUUACGGGCCGGCAAAGAAUCGCGGAAUGGGGCCUAUUUGCCCACAUGGCUGUGCGUGCAGUUUCUCCUUCAUUCCAUCCAAUGUCUUCUGCAUCAUCCUUUCGUGAUUAUGAUCAAAUUGCGACACAUCACCGGUAAUCUAUCUUCAACGUUCCUACAGAAGUCAUUCGAAAGCUCCCUUCUUCACUCGAGGUGGAUUGCUCGGUUGAUUAGGGAAAUGUCUAAUGCCGACUCCCGACCUUAUGAUCCCUUUCUAGCAUAUCUCGCUGCUAUCGCCGCCACUAUUCAGCUCGAGUAUACCGUUAGCAGCAACCCGGACGUUGCCCGACUGGUGAACAAGGAAUUCCAGAUCCUGAUUGAUUUUAUGACAAAGGUUUCUGUGAACUGGGAGAUUAUCAGAGUCUUGGUUGGUCGAGUAAGCGAACUGGCGCAUCGACGACGUAACUUCGGAUCUCUUUACUAUAACCAGGAUGGAUAUUCCGGGGCGCUCCCGAGUAUGCCGACUCCCUCUAACAUCCCUAAAAUGUCGACGGAAGACGAAGCACUUAUGUGGGAUAUUCUGGACAUCAGCUCGUUCUCAUGCUCUGGGGGACUAGCCCAACACAGCGACCUAGUUCCGUCGCCAAAUCGACACGCCAUAGCGCGCCUACCAGAGGAUUUCCCUUCCUCAGAAGCUCCAGGGGUAGCAGAGAACCGUCAGAAUAGAGAUGAAAAUGAGUCGACGCGACCGGACCUCUCCGUCCCGGAAAUGUCGCUUCUCGAUGGGCGCGUAUUAGCCUUAAUGGCUGAGGACCCGGCCGGGUGGUCGUUCGCGGGAAGAAGUAACAGCGACGAGUUUGGGAACGCAAUUCCUGACCUUCCAGAGUGGAUGGUAUCGAGUGGUCAUAUGCCCGAGCAUCUAUGA